AUGAGCGAAGCUGAAGCCCCCAAGCCUGUCGAGGCUGUCCACUCUGAGGCCGAGGUUCCUACCACCCAGCCCACAGAAGAGAAGGUUGAAGAGAAGACAGAGCAGAAGGCAGAGGAGUCCACAGAAAAGCCUGAAGAGAAGCCUGAAGAGAAGCAGGAGAUUCUGAAGACCACAGCCAAACAUGAUGAUGCAAACCCUCGCAACAACCGCAAAUUCGACCCUUCCACCCGUGAGGUCACUGAUGACCCUGAGGCCAUCCGCAAGCAGGUCGAGUUUUACUUUGGCGACUGGAAUUUCCCUCAAGACAAAUUCAUGUGGGAGUCAUGCGGCGGAAGCGAAAACAAGCCCAUGAAGGUCAAGACUAUCCACUCCUUCAAGCGUAUGCGAACUUUCCAGCCCUACAGCGCCGUCAUCGCUGCUCUCAAGGACAGCAAGUUUCUUGAACUUUCCGGUGAGGAGGGUGAGGAGGUCGUCAAGCGCAAGACCCCCUACCAGCCCAUGAACACCUCCAAGUCCAAGGUCGAAGCCGCUACUGUUUACGUCAAAGGCUUCGGCGAUGAGGCCCCUAACACCCAAUUCGACCUUGAGAGCUUCUUCGCUCAGUUCGGCGAAGUCAAGGGUCUUAAACUCCGACGCACCAACGAGGGUCUCUUCAAGGGCUCCGUGUUCGUCACCUUCGCCGACGAGGAUGAGGCGAACAAGUUCAUCAAGAUUGACCCCAAGCCUAAGUGGAAGGACCACGAUCUGAAAAUCAUGAGCAAGCGAGCUUACUGCGACGAAAAGAACGACCUUAUCCGACAAGGGAAGAUUGAGCCUAACCAGAGCAAUCCCCGCAAGUUUUAUGAGGGUAGAGAGACAGGCAAGAGUGGACGUGGACGAGGUGGAAAGGAUUCUCGUGGCCGUGGUCAGGACGACUGGAAGCAGCGACGCGAGAACGACCAGAAGAAUGGUUUCAAGGAUCGACGAGGUGGACGCGGCGGCCGAGGAGGUCGUGGUCGAGGCCGUGGCCGUGGUGGACGCGAUGGUGGACGUGACCGUGAUCAGUCUAAGGAUGAAGUCAAGCACAGCAGCAAUGACACCACCCCUCGCAUCCAGUCUACCGCCGACGAGUCUGCCGAUAACAAGAAGCGAAGCCGCGAGGAGGAUGCACCAUCCGGCGAGCCUGCUGCCAAGAAGGUCGAUGUCAAGGCCGAAUAG